UUAAAUAGCCUGGAUCUGCGGGUAGAAGGGAGCUGGUACGAAGACGCUUCAGCCUUUGCGUGCCUGCUGCACGGUCCUGCCGGCCAUGGUGCCUUUCGUGGCGCUGCUCAGCCUCCUCGGAGCCGCAGCUCUGGCAGGUAUUCAUUCAGCCCCAAUGGAAAAUGAUGAUCAUACUGGAGAAAUGAUAACCCGAUGUAUUAUAGAAGUCCUUUUGAAUAGUCUGUCAAAAGCCAAUUCUCCACUUAUUAAUCCACAGUGUAAGGAGCUCCUGAAGAAAAGUGAUCGACAAAAACAAAAAGAACAAAAUAUACACCAAGGCAUGGAACUUGACCCACGAACCUUAUCUGAAUCAGAAGAAAUAAGCAAGCAGUCGAAAGGGGCUGUGAGGGAAGAACAAGAUGUGAGUGAAGAAGAGUUUAAAAGACAGGCAGAAGGAGAUGCUAAGUGGCACCUGGAGGCGAAAAAACAUGGGGGAAGCAGCAACCAACAAAUUGCCUCCCAUGGGACUCCUUAUGCUUUGGACAGAGCCCAUAAAGAAGAAAAAGAGAAUGAGAAUGAAAAAGAAACUGAGGAUGCUAACUAUAAAAGAAAUCACCACGAUGGAGAUGGAGGCAAAGAAAAGAAAGCCAGUGAAGAAGCAGAAUCGGAGCCUCUAGAGAAAAAGUCAAUUCUUACCUCUGGAAAGGUGAACGAGGAUGAUUACAAGCAUUCUCAUGGCCAAAAGUAUGUGGAAGAAAUAAUUCAGAGUCGAGAAAGGGAAAAAGAAGACAGCAAGGAAGAAGAGGAAGAGGAGGAAGAAAAGGAAGAGGAAGAAAAGGAGAGCAGUGAAAAGUAUCAUCAUAGUUUUCAUGAAGAAUCUGAAGAUUCCUCAGAGAGGGAAGAUGGUGAAACAGAGAAACAAGACCACAAAUCAGGACAUUAUCAAAGGAAACCAAGACUGGGCAAGUCCUCUGAAUACAGCAGUCAUAAUGGUGAAAAGAGGGACUCACCUGAAGAGCUUAGUGAGGAAGAAAGUGAAUUCUGGGAUAAAAGGAGCCAUCACCCCAACCGUUAUUAUGGAAGAGGACGUUACUUUGUGGAGCCAAGAAACUCUGCUGAAAUGCCUAGGUUUGAGGAAAUGGAGAGAGCGAGCAGGAGUAAAGGCUAUUGGGACCAACACUAUCCCAGCCAAGAGGACAAUGAUGAAGACAUGAAGCAUCACAGUAGGGAAAAUGAAAGGAAACAGUACCAGUAUAUGAAGAAGAGACUUUUUGGUGGACCAUCAAGGGAGAUCAGACAUCACUAUGGAGUAAGCAUGCCUUACAGCAAAGCGAGGGAAGGAGAUGGAGGCAAGAAACAAAGCUAUGAUGGCAUAGAUGAGAAGAGGCACCAUGACCAACCAAAUGCACAGCUAGAGGAGAUGCCAAAACCACAAAACAAGGAGAGAGAAGAUGCAGAGAUGGGACGCAACAGCCAAGAAGCCAGGGAAGAAAAACACUAUCCUAGUAUUGGUGAAGGAGAGCUAGAAACUACCCACUACAGUGAGAGGGGAAAGCACUUGGAUAACAAAAGGACUCUUCUGCUAGAGGACGGCUACCCAAGAAGCCACUAUCUUGUAGAAAAUGUGAAAAGAGCUUUAAAUCCAUAUUAUUACCAGCAGCCCAGGUGGAAAAACAGAUCUGUGGACAAGAACGCUGAUCUCACCGAUCCGCUGUUGGAGAGUGAAGAAGAACGCAAGUCCCACUUGAAUAAGAAGGAGUUCUUUCCCGAGUAUAACGAUUAUGACUUGUGGGAGAAGAAGCAGUUCCUGGAUGGCUUAAAUCACAAGCAGGACAACAGUAACAAUCCUGAGAGGCUAUACAAACCCGAGGUAAGAAGGCAGUACGACAGAAUGGAUGAGUUGGCCCACCUUUUGAGCUACCGGAAGAAAUCGGCAGAAUUCCCAGAAUUGUACAGCUCAAAAGAAGACAUGGAAAGGGGACACAUCAUAAGAAGUGGCAAGGACAAAUUUAAUCAGAGGCCUCUGACACCAGAAGAGGAGAAAGAACUGGAAAACCUGGCUGCUAUGGAUUUGGAACUGCAGAAGAUAGCUGAAAAAUUCAACAGUAACCAGCGGGGAUGAAUUUUAUUUGCUGUAACGUGGUAUGGUGGACAGUAGCUUUAUUUAAAGUCUCCUGCACUUACCAGUAAAGUCACUGCCUCAAAUGUUGUUUUUCUCCUGAUUAGAAAUAGUUUACCAUCCUAUAAGUAUAUGAUUUACCUCAGUACAAAGCAUCUUUCUGUUCCAAAUGUGCUAGAAAGAUUUGCUCAGCUCAGCAUGAAUUCUAGCACUCUGAAUUUUGAAACGUAUGAGAAUAAUUGUCUGUGUCUUCUUCAGAAAUAUAUUAUCUCAGUACAAAAUAAUAAACUUUACGUUGUCUACAUA